AUGUUUAGAUUAAAAUCAUUGUCCUUGCCAAUAUUGAAAAAACGAACCACCGGUAUCACUCCAUUUUUCAGUAAGAGAUUAAUAUCAGAUUCUGUUGGUAAUGGAUCAAAAGGUCAACCAACAUGGCCCCUGUUUCAAUCAUUAAUAAAUUCAUUUUCUAGAGAAAGUAUAAAAUUAUUUGGUUGGUCAAUGGCCUUACUGGUGGCAUUAUUAAUUUGGCCGGUUGGGAUAAUUGAUUUAUCUAAUAAAAUUGAUCAUGUACCUAAAGAUAAAGGUGCACAAGUACAAUUACAUCGAAUUGAAGGAACAAUUGAUAAAUAUGAAGCUGAUGUUGAAAUCCCACAAACUUUUGUAAGUCUUGAUAAACUGGAUGAAGAAGAAGGUGAAGAUGUUACAGUUGAUGAUGAGGAAUAG